AUGUUCUUCGUGACUUAUAAUGGGGAUAGUCUGGUGCGGAGCGUGCACACGGGAUGGACUCCAGACAUGCAGAUGCGGGUGCUGUCUUAUAACUACGGAGCGCCUGUUAACGUCGGUAUUCCGGACAUCGCCUGCUAUUCGCCGGGGCGGGAUGUGGUGGUGCCGCCCCUGCUGACUCAGACACACGUCAUCCCCCCCUUGCUUGCACACACUGCUGCUGCUGGUGCCGCUAGUGCCGCCGCUGUACCUGCAGACGACGAGUCAGGUGGUUUUUCAGGUGCUUCUGCUGCUGCUGCUGCCGCCCCACCUGCGUAUGGAGGUCGCACUAUCCGUGUGCUGAUGGUGACGUCAGCGGCCAACAUGGCUGACAUCAACAACUUCAGGAUCAAGGAAGGAUUGCACCACAAUUAUCCGGUGGAGAAGUGGUUGAUAGAGAUCUACGCGACCAACGCAGCAGCCAUCGAGGGGUGGACGGUGGUGUUCCGGAACGACAAUGACGAGGCUUUAGGGUGCGUCCUGGUUGGGUUUGCUCCACCGCACUCUCUCUCCUCGUUCUCCCACCGCACUCUCUCUCCUCGUUCUCCCACCUCACUCUCUCUCCUCGUUCUCCCACCUCACUCUCUCUCCUCGUUCUCCCACCUCACUCUCUCUCCUCGUUCUCCCACCUCACUCUCUCUCCUCGUUCUCCCACCUCACUCUCUCUCCUCGUUCUCCCACCUCACUCUCUCUCCUCGUUCUCCCACCUCACUCUCUCUCCUCAAUCUCCCACCUCACUCUCUCUCCUCGUUCUCCCACCUCACUCUCUCUCCUCGUUCUCCCACCUCACUCUCCCUCCUCGUUCUCCCACCUCACUCUCCCUCCUCGUUCUCCCACCUGCCUUUCAUACUUGUGCUCUCUACUUCGUGGCCCACACCCCUCCCCUCCCUCCUCUCCCUCCACACUUCCCCUCCCUCCCCCCCCUCCCCUCCCUCCCCUCCCUCCCCUCCCUCCCCUCCCUCCCCUCCCUCCCCUUCCUCCCCUCCCUCCCUCCCUCACUCUCCUCUAACCCUGGGCUGCAUCCCAGUCACAUUCCUCCGAGCCAACGACAACCCCUGGGCCGCCUCACAAUACCACCACGCAGCAGCAGCAUCCGCCUCUGCCAGCGCAUCUCCCCCGUCGGCCCUCAACUACGCGGUGUUUUCGCUCAACAUCGACCCGGCUGCGGCGAUCCUCUCAGGCUGCAUCCCAGUGACGUUCCUCCGUGCCAACGACAACCCCUGGGCCGCCUCACAGUACCACCACGCAGCAUCACCCUCAGCUGUCCCCUCGGCCCUCAACUACGCGGUGUUUUCGCUCAACAUCGACCCGGCAGCGGUGGACUCGCUCCCCCGCAGGCUGCAGGAGGCGUUUGAGCAGCCGGGGCUGGUGGAGCGGCUGCAGCACAACCUGGGGCUCGUGCAGCCGGGGCUCGUGGAGCGGCUGCAGCACAACAUGGGGCUCGUGCAGGUGAGUACUGGGGCAGGAGGGACUGGGGAUUGUCAAAGGGAGAUGUUCAAGUGGCAUGACGGAGCAUGGGAGGAGCUGCUAUCUCCUCACCACCUCCCACUCCCCACUUACUCCCCAUUCGCAUGCCCUCCUGCUCGUGCCACAGGAGAUGUUCAAGUGGCAUGA